GGUUUAUGUCAUUCUCCAAACUCCUAUGCAAGGGCUAUUCCCGACCAAGAAGACCCAAGGAGACCGUCUCUAAAAUCAAGUCCGGAUGGAGAGUUUCACCAAAGACGAUUGUGAAGAUUUGAUUGUGUCCCCUUCAAUACUGAACUUCAGUCCUUGGGACUAAGCCUUUGAUCCCUGCUGAAAUCUACAUCUCCCUUGGACAAGUAACACUUUUACACUAUUCUAGUCAUCUGAAGGGAGCUUAUGUAUCCUUCCAUCUUUGGAUUUCUAGCACUUAGCACCGGGCCUGGUUUAUGGUAAGCUCUCAAUAUAUAUGAGUAUUUGCAAAUGAAGAAUGCGAAGACACACUCACAGCAUUCCGCUGGAGCCAGUUUGGGGGGCCCAUGCCUGCUUUGCUUUGCAUGUAUUUAUAGGGAAUAUAGUGAGGAGAUAAAUGUACAGUAGGAGGAAACUUGGCAACAGUCAAAAUUAUGCCUGAAAUUUAUGUAUGCCAGUCAGAGUGACCCCUGGAGCGGUAGCACACUGGAGUUCAAGACAUAUCCAUAAAUCCUUUCUUGGGGAUUACCAAUUCCCCUGACUUUUUAGAAUGCAGUUCUGAUAUUUUAAUUUACAUCUGGAUGGAGGCACCCCUAACAGUCUCAUUUUGCUCUCAUAUUUUUUGCCUGGUACCAUCACCCAACAUUGAAGUAGUUCACUCGGGUUGAGAGCUAAUGUCUUGAGAAGGUCAGUUCCUGCCCCAGGCAGUCCUGUCCUAAGAAACUGUGGCUCCCAGUCCCCAGAACACUACACCAAGAACUCACAGGACUACAGGACUCCUCCCUAGAAACCCCUGAAAUCUUCCCUGUCAGAAUGGGUUGGAGCCAGCCUGCCUUUCCCAAACCGUAGCAAUUAGGACCCGAGUUCAAAAGAUUAUCUCAGAGUCAGCAGGCUAAUUAGGCUUCAAGUAUUUUAAGCCUAAUUAUCACCUCUCCUGAUAAUAUACACAAAUGUAACCCUUUCUAUUAUUUUUCAAUCUAAUUAAGUAAGGAGUGGAAGGGUGGGGUUCUUGUGGGUAAGGUGUGAGUCCCUGAAUCCUAUUCCCUCCUCCUCCUUACUUCCUCUGUUACCUGCUGAGUGACUGGUGCCAAAGAACCAGCCCUGCUGGAAGCACAUAGAGCCUGGCAAGUGCUGCGUGCCCACCACACUCGGGGGACUUCUCAGAUGAGCAGAACUAAGAGAAAAAAACUGAAUAUGGUUUUUGCUCACAGAAUGGAUAACAGCAAGCCGCCGUUGGUUAUUCCAACACUUCUGGUGCCCCUCCAAAACCACAGCUGCACCGAAACAGCUACGCCUCUGCCAAGCCACGACCUGACGGACUUAUAUGAGGAGCACGGUUGGAUGAGCAACAGAACAGACCUGCAGUAUGGACUGAAACCCGGGGAAGUGGCCACAGCCAGCAUUUUCUUUGGGACCCUGUGGUUGUUUUCUAUCGUUGGCAAUUCCCUGGUUUGUUUGGUCAUCCAUCGGAGUAGGAGGACUCAGUCCACCACCAACUACUUUGUGGUCUCCAUGGCCUGUGCGGAUCUUCUCGUUAGCAUUGCCAGCACGCCUUUCGUCCUGCUGCAGUUCACCACCGGAAGGUGGACACUCGGCAGUGCAAUGUGCAAGGUGGUACGGUAUUUCCAGUAUCUCACCCCGGGCGUCCAGAUCUACGUCCUCCUGUCCAUCUGCAUAGACCGGUUCUAUACCAUUGUCUACCCUCUGAGCUUCAAGGUGUCCAGAGAAAAAGCCAAGAAAAUGAUUGCAGCAUCGUGGAUCUUUGAUGCAGCCUUUGUGACCCCCGUGUUCUUUUUUUACGGCUCCAACUGGGACAACCAUUGUAACUAUUUCCUCCCUUCCUCUUGGGAAGGAACUGCCUAUACUGUCCUCCACUUCUUGGUGGGCUUUGUGAUUCCAUCUGUCCUCAUCAUCUUAUUUUACCAGAAGGUCAUAAAGUAUAUUUGGAGAAUAGGCACUGAUGGCCGAACUGUGAGGAGGACAAUGAACAUUGUCCCAAGGACAAAAGUGAAAACUAUCAAGAUGUUCCUCAUUUUAAACCUAUUGUUUUUGCUCUCCUGGCUGCCUUUUCAUGUAGCUCAGCUGUGGCACCCCCAGGAACGAGACUAUAAGAAAAGUUCUCUUGUGUUCACAGCGAUCACAUGGGUAUCCUUUAGUUCUUCAGCCUCUAAACCUACUCUGUAUUCUAUUUAUAAUGCCAAUUUUAGGAGAGGCAUGAAAGAGACUUUUUGCAUGUCCUCAAUGAAAUGUUACCGAAGCAAUGCCUAUACUAUCACAACCAGUUCAAGGAUGGCCAAAAAAAACUAUGUUGGCAUUUCAGAAAUCCCUCCCAUGGCCAAAACUAUAACCAAAGACUCAAUCUAUGAUUCAUUUGACAGAGAAGCCAAGGAAAAAAAGCUUGCUUGGCCCAUUAACUCAAAUCCACCAAAUACUUUUGUCUAAUUUCUCAGAAUUCUUUCAAUUAUUGUUAUGCGCCAGAGAUUAAAAAUCUUUAACUAUAAAGAAAUAAGCUAUUUAUAUAUUUUUUCAAUCAACUUCCUGAGGGAAAUGUUUUCUUUUGUAAAAUGCAUUCACUUGCUGAUUAUAGUUUUUGUGGGUUUUAUUUUCCUUACUUUUUGUUUUAGGGGAAGCAUUCACCUUGAGCUCUUUUUACUAUUGG